CAACAACACACCUCGUCUGAAGUGUACAUAUCACCCUCAAAACUCAACCCAGAGGGACCAUCCACGUCGCCAUCGACAUGUCCGACUCACCAAUGGUCCCCGCUGGACCGAGCUCGCAUGUUCCGCGGGCCGAUCCUCCUCUCCUCCCCGCCGCGGUGAUGGAGUACUUGCAACAACACGGCUUCGACAAGGCGUUGCAAGCGCUCCAAGCCGAGUUAUCCGAGAAAGGAGGAGAGGAGAAAGAUGCGGAUGGCGAGGAAGAAGGCGCUGGUGGUGCUGGAGCAGGGGCUCCUGCGCGUCGAGGGUCGGCUGUCGGCCGCGAGGCCAUCUUCCGCGCACCACAACCGAUCGCGCUCGACAACAUGGUCAAGCGCAACAUCCCCCAGGCAACAACAGUGUCGGCGUCAACCAUGUCGGACAAGAUUACCCCAGAUUUCAUCGCGCAGGCCAAGUACAUCAUCGAGCAGCUCCAGACGCGCCUCGAGUCGACGAACGGCGAGGAGGAGGUCGGCGGCAAGCCCGGCCAGACGCCUGCCGCGUUCAUCGACCCAUCAGACCGCGUGGAAGGAUACAGGCGUUACAGGCAAUGGGUCAGCGGUGGCCUGGACAUGUGGAAGUUUGAGCUGGACAAUGUGUCGUUCCCGCUCUUUGCACACACAUUCCUGGACCUGAUCGACUUUGGCUUCACCGAGGCUGCACAGCGGUUCUAUCAGGAGAAUGCCGAAGCACACAAGCUGUACCAUCCGUCAGAGUUGUCUUACCUGUCGUCCAUCACCGCGUCGCACCAGAUUCUUCUGGACCCAUAUUGCCAGCGGUUGAGGUCUGAGAAGUAUGACAUCCCGUUGUCCCGGAAUGCGUUCGCAUUGCUCGUCCAGUGGCUCAGCGGUGCGGGGUUGGACGAGGAGUGGGAGGCUGGUCUCCACUCCGCUCCAGGUCGCGCGAAGGAGGCAAUCAGGUCGAUCGUGAACUCGAGGUUGGACAUCAAGGUGUCUGAUAGCUCGAUGCCUCUGGACAAGGUUGCGAUUGCGUCGUCCACUGGACUUCUCGGCCAAUUGCUGCCUCCUGGGACAUCGGUGGAGAAGUUCAAUGCCGCCACCCCACUGAAGCUUGGUGCCCCGCCGAUGUUAGAAAAGCUGCGAGAGGAGGUCAUCCGCAUCGUGCGAGAGGAGGACGAGGCAGCUGGCGGCGAGGUCGCCACGCCGGGAGGAUCGGUUUCCAACGGCCACGCCAAUGGUGGCGAUGCCAACGGGGACGUGGAGAUGGGUGACGCGUCUCGGGACCCGGCACGUGUUGGGUCGCCAUCAAAGAAGGUGACCAAGCUCGAGCCAGAGGAGAACAAGGAUUCAGACCUCAUCAGUCCCGACGGCACCGAAACCAACCCUCCACUGCCAACAUUCUACAAAGUGGCAGAUGUCAAGCGAGAGGUUGAGGCAGUCCGGGAUAAGCGCAAGAUGGUUCGGCUGGGCCCCAAGCCGGACGAGAAGAGCAGUGGCUCAGGUGUCACCCUCCCAAGCAUAUUGGCCUACACAGUGUUUGAUGGCGGAGAGUCCGUCACCUCGGUCGAAUUCUCUCCAGACUCGACACUUAUUGCUGCCGGAUCAUCAGAGAGCUCUGUGCGCUUGUGGAGCCUGAAACACGAGAAGUUGAAGGCCAAGCACAUUGAUCAAGCAACAGGGCAGGUGGUCGAGGAUGAGGGCCUCGCGAUGCGGAAACUCAUCGGCCACUCCGGCCCAGUGUACUCGAUGUCCUUUGACCCCAUCUCGGGCUCGGGAGGGCCGCCUCGCUCGAUGCUGUCAUCGUCACAGGACGGGACAGUGCGCUUGUGGUCACUAGACACGUACAGCAACCUGGUGGUGUACCGUGGCCAUGGCCGUGAUGCGGUCUGGGACGUGGAAUGGGGGCCAAUGGGAGUGUACUUCGCGUCGGCGAGCCGGGAUCGCACUGCGCGACUGUGGAGCUCUGAUCGUGUGACACCAUUGCGUCUGUACACUGGUCACAUUUCAGACGUCAACGUCGUCAAGUUCCACCCCAACUCGCUCUACCUCGCCACGGGAUCUAGCGACAACUCGUGUCGACUGUGGGACGUGCAGCGAGGAGCAUGUAUCCGCCUGUUCCUCGGCCACACAGACGCCGUGACAACGCUGGCCAUGUCCCCCGACGGCCGAACACUGGCAAGCGCCGGCCUCGACUGCAGCAUCUACCUAUGGGACCUCGGCUCGGCCAGGCCCAUCAAGAAGAUGACGGGCCACACGGCCCCCAUCGAGUCGCUGUCGUUCUCGGCCGAGUCGUCGGUGCUGGUGUCUGGCGGACUGGACAGCACUGUUCGCUGCUGGGAUGUCAAGUCUUCCGGUGGGCCGCGAACGACGCGCGGAGGCAUCGACUUUGGAGACCGCCGUGCCGGCCAGGACAUGACGACGUCUGGCGCCGCGCCAGGCGUGCUGCCAAUGGGACCGGGAGAGCUGAGCUGGGAGGACAUGGGGCAGACAUCCGACCUGCUGGCCACGUUCCACACCAAGCGCACUCCGAUCCUCAAAACGCACUACACACCACGCAACAUGUGUAUUGUUGCUGGCUCGUUUGUGCCACCCACCACCAAGGCGUAGUAGGACGAUUAGCCCACAGAGAGAGAGAGAAGUAGAGGCAGAGCGGCCUGCAGCGCUAAUAAUGCUUGCAUGGUUGUACAGACAGUGAUAUGUAUGACGUUAGCCCUCUACUUCUUCUUCUUGCGCGGCUGGAGCAUGGUGACAGUCUCCUCUUUGCGUUUUGGUGGCGCGGCAGCGGCUUCGACGCCAGCCUUGGCGGCAAUGGUAGCAGUCGACGCGGCCCAGCCCUCCUCACCGAGCUCGUCAGUGACGAUGCUGCGCGCCGACGCGAGCCAGUUGGCUGUGCCCUCCGCCGCGAGGGCGCGUG